CAUUAAAAUACGAGCCGGAGAAACCUGCUGCUUCUGCGUUGAAGUUCACCGACCUGAGGAGGAUUUGAUUCUGUAAUUUUUUGGAGGUUGGGGGGUGUUUGCCUGCAGUUAGAGCUGCACAAUGAGCUCUGUUGUUAUUGACCUGAGAGAGGAAGGAAUGUGGGGGCAGCUGAUUAUCAGAGCAGUGUGUGUGUGUGUGUGUGUGUGUGUGUGUUGGAGUGUAAAGAGCCAGGUUCAAGCUUUUGCGUCCACAGUGAUUCAGUCGACAGGAGGAGGAAGCAGAAAAACUGGACCUGCUGCUUCUCAUUUCCCUGCUGGGGUUUUGUUGUUUCCUUCAGACCAACAUGGCUGAAACGCAGAGAGUCACGGCUCAGGGCAGGAAGAGAUGGGGUAUUCCACAGAGAGGAGUUACUGAUGAGAAUAAACCGAGCCCCUGCUCUUCUGACCGAGAUGCUCAUAGAAAUCUGGCGGUUCCUUUCAGAGGUCACAUCACAGGUGGGAUGAGGCCGGGGAAGAAGGUGGUGGUGGUGGGUGUUGUGGACCCUCGUCCUGACAGGUUCUACAUCGCCCUGACCUGUGGUUGUGGGACGUCCAGGGAGCCUCCGCCCGAUGUGGCCCUGGAGCUCUGUGUCCGAUUCAGGGACCGACAAGUCCUGCGACGGGCCUGCGUGUCCGGAUCCUGGGGAGACGUCGACAGAGCCGUCCCUUUCUUCCCCUUCAUCAGAGACCAGCCGUUCAAGAUUGAGAUCCACUGCGAACAGACCCGGUUCCGUGUGUUUGUGGACGGGCAGCAGCUGUUUGACUUUCACCACAGACUGACGUCGCUCAGUGACAUCGACACGUUGUGGAUUAAAGGCAGCGUCACCGUCACUAAACUGGCCUGAUGUUAAAGGACGUCACUGACGAACUCCCUGAGCUCGAGCCUCCUCUGGAAGACGAGGAAACACCGGGACUCUCCAGGUGUUUAAUGAGGAGAGAGGUCGACUUAACAUCAGUGAAAGAACAUUUACUCUAGUACUCUACAAGUCUCAGGGACUUUUACUUGAGUAUUUUCUUUUCAUUUCUACUCCUUUAGAUUUCAGAGGGAGGUGAACUUUUUACUGCACAUUUAUCACUAGUUUCUUUUCGUACAAAACAUUAAGAGUUCAUGAAAUAUCAAGAUUUGUUACCUUGGAUGAGGAGCUUAUAUUUUGUUUGUUUGUUUGUUUGUCUGUCAGCAGGAUACAGGUGACUGUGUUGAAAUGUUUACUCACUGUGUGAGUGAGACUGGACACGUGUAGUGCAGCAGUUUGACCACAGGGUGGCAGCAGAGGUUUGGAUUGUGGCACACACGAGGACUUAAAAGUGUAAAAGAGUCAGAGUCUGAACUCGGCCUUUCAUCAGUGUCGCUUAAUAUAAAAGAAAGAAACAGAAAAUUAGAGUUUAAAUAAUAUAAUUGUAUUAGUUGGAUUCAACAAAACAGAAACAUUUACAGAGAAAAAGAGAAAAAGUCACGAUUUCAGGGGAAUAAAGUUGUGAUUUGCACUUCUC